CUCCCGUGCGCCAUGGCGUCCCGCAUCGGCCUGCGGAUGGAGCUGAUGAAGCAGCAAGCGCAGCAGGAGGCCGAGAGGGAGCGCGUGCAGCAGCAGAUGAUGAUGAACUACAUGCAGCAGCAGCGGAUGCCGGUGGCCUCCACCCCGGCCAUCAACACCCCUGUCCACUACCAGUCCCCACCGCCCGUGCCUGGAGAGGUCCUCAAGGUCCAGUCCUACCUGGAGAACCCCACCACGUACCACCUGCAGAAGUCGCGGGACAAGAAGGUUCAGGCUUAUCUCUCCGAAACCUACGGGAACAAGUUUGCUGCCCAUGUCAGCCCCGUCAGCCACUCUCCCAAGCCGCCCCCCGCCGCGUCUCCCGGCGUCCGGCCCGGCCACGUCAUGUCCUCCUCGGCGGGCAACAGCGCGCCCAACAGCCCCAUGGCCAUGCUCAACAUCGGUUCCAACCCCGAGCGGGAGUUCGAUGAGGUCAUCGAUGACAUCAUGCGCCUGGAUGACGUUUUGGGCUAUAUGAACCCCGAAGUCCACAUGCCCAACACACUGCCGAUGUCCAGCAGUCACAUGAAUGUCUAUAGCGGGGACCCCCAGGUGACAGCCUCUCUCGUAGGUGUCACCAGCAGCUCCUGCCCUGCCGACCUCACCCAGAAGAGAGAGCUGACAGAUGCCGAGAGCCGAGCCCUGGCAAAAGAGCGCCAGAAGAAAGACAAUCACAACCUGAUUGAGAGACGGCGAAGGUUUAACAUCAAUGACCGCAUCAAAGAGUUGGGGAUGCUGAUCCCCAAGGCCAACGACCUAGACGUGCGCUGGAACAAAGGGACAAUCCUGAAGGCGUCUGUGGACUACAUCAAGAGGAUGCAGAAGGACUUGCAGAGGUCACGAGACCUGGAGAAUCACUCACGGCGUCUGGAGAUGACGAAUAAGCAGCUACUGCUCCGCAUCCAGGAGCUGGAGAUGCAGGCACGCGUCCACGGGCUGCCCACCUCCUCGCCCUCGGGCGUCAACGUGGCCGAGCUGGCUCAGCAGGUGGUCAAGCAAGAAGCCAGUGGGGACGAGGGGACGCUGGAGCCACUGCUGCCACCCCCGGACCCCGAGUCGCAGCCGCAGCCAGCGCUGCCUCCACCACCCCAAUCUCCCUACCACCAGCUGGACUUUACCCACAGCCUGAGCUUCGACGACGGCUCCCGGGGCUUCCCGGACAGCCUGGAGCCCGGCCACAGUGCUUCGUUCCCUUCCCUAUCCAAGAAGGAGCUGGACUUGAUGCUGAUGCAGGACACCAUGCUGCCCCUGGCUUCCGACCCCUUGUUCUCAGCCAUGUCCCCGGAGGCCUCCAAGGCCAGCAGUCGCCGGAGCAGCUUCAGCAUGGAGGAUGCAGACAUGCUGUGAUGAGGAGCUGCUCCGACGCUGGGGGCGAGGACUGGACCUUCAAGUUUGGUUAGUGAAGUUACAGGGCACUCUUCUCACAGGAGGAGCCCGUCCUGCUGCGCACUUGAAUCUACGUAGGAAUACCUUUUCUCUAUGCAACGGGCGUCUCGGAUCAAGGCUCGCCGGGUACCGCCGUGUCUUUCACAAGGGUUUUUUUGCCAGGAGCUGCAGCGGACCUUCUUGGCUUGCCAUGGCGUUGGCCUGACUGCAGAUUCCCCAGCCCAGGAGCAUGAUCUUGGUUGCUUUGCCUUUCAGCGAAACCCUCCCAGACUGUCCUUCUUCCGCAGGGUGCUGGCUCGGAGCCGGAGCGGGCAGGAGCCUUCAAGUCCCUGGGAAGAGAGGGACAAUGCGCGAGCUUUUUGUCUGGCUUGCUGCCUCCUUGCUGCCCUGCUCCGGGAGCCCACGUCCCCAACGAGUCUUCCCCAGUGGUGGCCUCUGAGCCCUGCGGAUGCUUCACAGUGCCACGUCCUUCCCAGUUCCUCCUUCCUCGGAGCACCCGCUGCCUCUCCAGGUCGCAGGGCUGGAGGGAGAAGAGGUGCUUAAUUGGAGCAAGUUUUAAUUCAUGGGGCACGGGGGUGUUGUCCAAGUGAGCUGGGUCUGAGGCUACAAAUUCAGGUCGGCAUUGAGGGCUUCCAAAACACCUUGCAGGGGGACCUCCCUCGGGAUUUGACAGCACCCACCACCCCAAAACCUCGCUGGCCUCUGGACAAGGGCUGCAUGGUGCCAGGCGACCUUCAGCCUCCCUUGAGACAUCCCCGCAGAGGUGCUUCUGCCCCGUAAAGCCGAGCUGCGGCUCUUUGGGUGGAAGGAUAAAGGGUUUUUACACUUUUUUGG